AUGGAAGACUCCAAGGCCCCCUCCCCGACCUUCCACAAAACCUCCUGGAAGCAGUGUCUGGACAUUCUGGGUGCCUACCAGUUUGUGAUCAGCUUCCUCUUCAUGGCACCGUUCUUUACCAUGCUUACCAUCUUCCUCCUCUUCACGCCACUCUGGUGGCUGUCUGUGCUCUAUGGGGUCUGGCUGAUCAUCGACUGGGACACACCCCAGCGAGGUGGCCGGAGCUCCAAAUGGAUUCGGAAAUGUAUCAUUUGGAAGCACAUGAGGGAUUAUUACCCCAUCAAGCUGGUCAAAACAGCCGAGCUGCCCCCUGACCGGAACUAUGUGCUGGGCUCACACCCUCAUGGCAUCAUGUGCACAGGAAUAGCUAACAACUUCAUCACUGCAAGCACUGGCUUGUUAGAGAUCUUCCCAGGGCUGCGCUUGACCUUAGUCACACUGGCCAACCUCUUCAACCUGCCAGUCUAUCGAGAUUACGUCAUGGCCCUAGGCCUGUGCCCAGUGAGCCGCCAAAGCCUGGAUUUCCUGCUGUCGAGUCGCCCCUCAGGACAGGCCGUAGUCAUCGUGGUGGGGGGCGCCCAGGAGGCGCUGGAUGCCAUCUCUGGGGUGCACCGUCUGACCCUGCGCAACCGCAAAGGCUUUGUGCGCCUGGCACUGAGGCAUGGGGCCUCCCUGGUGCCUGUGUACUCAUUCGGGGAGAAUGAUAUCUUCAGGAUCAAGAGCUUCAAGGAGGGCACCUGGCAAUAUGUGGCACAGGUCACCUUCAAGAAGAUUGCAGGCUUCUCCCCAUGCAUCUUCUGGGGGCGCAGUCUCUUCUCCCCAAAUUCCUGGGGGCUUCUACCCCUGCCCAAGCCCAUCACUACUGUGGUGGGCCGGCCCAUCCCAGUGCCCCAGGUGCACCAGCCUUCCGAGGAUCAGGUGAACCACUACCACCAGCUCUACAUGUGUGAACUGCAGCAGCUGUUUGAGGAGCACAAGGCCAGCUAUGGGGUGCCUGCCUCUGUGCAGCUCACCUUAGUUUAG